AUGUCUAAACCUUCUACUAUUCUCAUCACCGGUGGAAACCGCGGCAUUGGAAAGGGUUUCGUUCAGACCUUCCUAGCCCGACCCUCUCACACCGUUAUUGUCGCCGUGCGCGACCCCGAACACGCCACCUCGCGGGCUUUAUCUGAUCUGCCAACGGGUGAAGGCUCAAAGCUUAUCAUCGUCAAGCUUGAUUCCAGCGUAUCCUCUGACGCUGCCGAAGCCGUUGCCACGUUGAAGAAAGAGCACAGUAUCACCUCCUUGGAUAUCGUUAUUGCCAAUGCCGGUAUUUCCAACGAUGGAGGUCGUGUCCGAGAAACUACUGCUGAGAAUAUCAACAAGCACUUCCAAGUCAACACCCUUGGUCCGGUAGUGCUCUUCCAGGCUACUGCAGACUUACUACAGGCCAGCAAGACCGGAAACCCGACUUUCGUCGGCAUCUCAACUCUCAUCGGCUCGAUCAAUUCAAUGGAGCUCUUGGCAGGAUUCCCCUCAACUCACAGUCCCUACGGUGGCAGCAAGGCGGCACUGAACUGGUUCAUUCGUCGCCUUCACUUCGAAGAGCCUUGGCUCACAAGCUUCGUCUUUCACCCUGGUCUAGUAGAGACCGAGCUGGCCGCUGGUGCUGUGAAAGGAUCUGGGCUGCAGCUUUCUGAUCUGGGGGCCAUCAGUGUCGAGACAAGCGUUACGUCCAUGGUGAGGACCAUUGAUAGUGCCACAAAGGAGCUCAGUGGGACUUUCAAAAACUACGAUGGUGCUCCUCUCCCUUGGUAG